AUGUCCUCUACAUACAUAGUUUUACGCUCUGUCGGGACAACACCACCCUGCAAACCAGAGUUAAAGUUGCUAAAUGUAUCAAGUGAUGACAAUGUUGAUGACCCUAUUGAUUUUGUCUCCAAAGAUUUAUUUUCGGUCCUUAUUCCGGAGGAAUAUGUUGGCAUAGGUUUGAAUAGGAUAUAUCACUGUAAUGGCAUCUUUUGCCUAUAUGAUUGUGUUAUGGCUUAUGAUACCAUCACUCUAUUCAAUCCAGCAAUUAAGGAAUCCAAGCGUCUGCCAAAAUCAAAUUUUGCUGGUGCUCUUGAUACUUGGAGAGAAAUCAAUUUUAAUAUUGAAGUUGACGAUUUAUUUUCCUUUUCUACUGAAUACAUCAAUGGAGUUUUCUUUUGGCUUGUUGAGACACCCGAUUACAUGAUUAUUUCUUUUGAUAUGUGCGAUGAGGUAUUUCAUAGCAUAUCGAUACCGGGUGAUCAUCAAUCUGCAUCAUCAAGGCCGAUGCUUGGAUUGUGGAAUGAAUCUCUUGCUGUGAUUUAUACUUUCUAUGCUGAGGAUGAUGAUUCGAUAUUCAGCGAAAUAUGGGCAAUGGACAACUGCUAUGAAAGUGUUAAUGGUUCUUGUUCUUGGAACAAAGUUUAUACUUUUGAGCCUCUAUUGGACUUGAGGGGACUAGGAUCCUUUCGGAACAAUUUGUUUGUCAUAAGAAAUUCAGGGGGCAGUUUGUUCUCUUACAAUUUCCGAAGCCAGAAGUUUAGAGAGAUCGUCAUUGAUAGGUCGAACCAUAUUAUAUAUUGGAGUCUUUCAUAUGUGAAGAGUCUGGUUUCAAUGCAAAUGCAUAACGGAGUUACGUGGAGGGUUGGUCCCCUUAGAUGCAUUGGCAUGUAG